AUGACAACGCCAGUCCACGAGUACGAUAACAUUGAUAUCGACGACAUCCAAUUCAGCAGUCGCUCGGGUUCUGAUUGCCCAUCCAUAGAUAUUAGCGGUGUUAUACCAGCCAAUUUUGCCGAAGUUCCGUCACCACCGAAGCUGCCCCAGGCCACACCGGAUGAUGCGCCGCCGGCGCAAGUUGGGAACACGCAGUUGACUACGACUGGAUAUGACCAUGAUGGCCAGAAAGCGCAGACUGCGGUGGAAACCGACUAUGAGUCUGACCUUGCGUUCCUGCAACCGCUGGUUCAGGCGGUACACGGCUGUACCCAACCAGGACACACUGAACCUGGGCACUACGGUGACGGCCAGCAAGUUCAGUCUGUUGUUCAAACCAAUUUUGAGCCCCAGCAAGUGCAGAACGCGGUGGCAUACUACAAUGCCCAUCGGUCGGCGCCGCAUGCGACUGGAGCCAACACGCAGCAGUUUGGGGCUGGAUAUGGCUACAUUCAACAAGCGCAACCUGCGCCGGUACACGACCAAGACGGCCAGCAGGUGCAGCCUGCUUCGCGGAAACGAAGACGUGGCUCAAAUGACCUGAUCCAGCCAGAUCCGCCUGCGGAUAAUCCAGAAAAAGGCAAGAAAAAGUCCGAUGAAGGCGAUCGUCCCAAGCCCGGUCCGCAGCACGUACCAAAGGGGUUCUGGGGAGACGACCGUGCCAAUGGCGCCGUUCUUUGCGCGCGAGACAACCCAUCCAACAUUUCUGCACUUGCCUCUGCGACGCACUACAUUUUAAUGACUUAUCAAAGCGAGCAGAACCGGAUUAUGAGGCGAUUAGGUCUAAAAAAUAACCCUAAAUUCCCCUUUGACACCUGGGACAAUCUCCAGAAGAUUGUAUCGCAAGUGUUCCUCGGCCAUGUACGUGGCUUGUAUUACAUGGGCGCGUACACGGAUCCAUACGGCGUGGAGCCGCGCGACUUUGUCAUCUUCAAGGACCGCGCAAGGGACUGUCCGGAGCCCCGGGCCAUCGAGGUGAUUCUGGGCUGGGGGGGCAACGAGGGAACCUCGAUCCCGCUUCAGGCGAUUUGGCAACCUGCGCGGAAGGACUUUUGCCACGGCGUCAAGGCUUUAUUGAAAGCUACAGUGAUGCCGUGGGAGCUGCAGCUCCAAGUACCGCAUGUAGGACCGACAAGAACGGAGAACCCAGCAGGAGAAGAAUGUUGGUGGCGUCGGGACCUGCGGGAUGGAGAGGGCGGACCUGUGGAGAUGUUGGCGACAGAUGUGCCCGAAUAUUCAUGGUAUUACCGCCGUGUAAGUCAUGUCCGUUUUCCAAAUUGGUACAGACUCAUUCCUUACGUCCGGCCGCUUUCAACUACUGGGUUGCCGGAGGAAUACCCGAAAGAAAAACCGCGCAAGGUUGUAAAGAAAGAUGACCCGGAAGAACCGAAUCAACAAGACAGAGUAAAAAAGCGCAAGGUUGCAAAGAAAGAUGAGCCGGAAGAACUAAAUCAACAAGACAGAGCAAAAAAGCGCAAGGUUGCAAGGAAAGCUGGUCCAAAUCGAUCCCUCUCACGCUGCCCAAAUCCCACCCUCACCAUGCAGGGCUUCAACAUGGGCCGCUACGUGCCGCCCGAGCACGAGGGCACCAAGACGGGCAACGCGCUGCACAACAAGCACGCGCUCGGCGCGCGCGCCUCCAAGCUGCGCAGCGACGGCGCCCUCGUCGUGCGCUUCGAGAUGCCCUACGCCGUGUGGUGCGCGACGUGCCCGCGCCCGACGCUCAUCGGGCAGGGCGUGCGCUUCAACGCCGAGAAGCGGCGCGCCGGCCGCUACCACUCCACGCCCGUCUGGAGCUUCCGCAUGCGCCACGCCGCGUGCGGCGGCACCCUCGAGAUGCGCACCGACCCGCAGAAUACCGCCUACGUCGUCGUGUCGGGCGGCACGCGCCGAGACACGGGCGACGCCAACAUGGAUGAAGAAGACGAAGGCGGCGUCGCCGUGCUGACCGAGGCCCAGCGCCAGGCCCUCCGCAGCAACGCGUUUGCGAGCCUGGAAAAGACCAUCAACGACAGGGAGCAGCUGCGCGAGACGGCGCGCCGCAUCGACGCCCUCGCCGACGUCGCCGACCGCCAGUGGCACGACCCCUACGCCCGCAACCAGAAGCUGCGGAGCGCCUUUCGCGUCGGCAGGAAGGAGCGCGCUGCCGCCGCCGCCGCCACCGAGGCGCUGCAGGAGAGGAUGGGCCUCGGCCUGGAUAUCCUGCCCGAGACGCGCGAGGACGCGCAGCGCGCGCGGCUGGUCGACUUUGGGCGGGACGAGGAGCACCUGGAGGACGGCGCGCUGGCGCUGGCCAAGCCGCUGUUUGAGACGGUCCCGCCGAAAGAGAGGACAAAGGAGCCGAGACGGACGACGGACGGGAGCAGAGAGUCGCUUGCCACGCAGGUCGCGGGAAACACGAGAGCGGCCAAGGAUCCCUUCCUGCUGUCUGGCAUGAAACGCGCAGGGCACGGGCAACGUGCUGGGACGGUACUGGGCGCCGUCAAGCGCAAGAGAGACGCGACAACGAGGCAAGAGGUUGCCGACGUGUCAGGACAGAGCAACGCUGGCGCUUCAAAAAGGGCGGCUCUGGUCGAGUACGACUCCGAGUAG